GUAGUGAAACAGUCAAAUACUAGUAGUCACCUUUGUAACUGUAGUUAUGAGAGUACUUGUAGUAGCUGUGUUAGUGGCCCUUUCCGUUGUAUACGUGAGUGGUGAGCCAUGUAAAACCAACCAAGAUUGUGUGAACCACGGAAUUACAACAUGUAGUGGCGGUACUCAUGUUGUCUGUCAUAAUCAACAUUGCGAAUGCCUAAGGACUGAUGUUAUUGGUAAGGCUUGCACACAACAAUCAGAUUGUACAUGUGACCGUGGUCAUCCUCACUGUAUUGACAAUCAUUGCCGCUGUACAAAAUUUUAAACAUAUUGUUAUACCGUUAUAAAAUAGUAAGCUGAAUUAAAAUAAAUGC